CCAAACUUUGCCAAAUUUGGAUGAAGGCCUAAGGUACAACAAGGCUUACUUUUAAUGCAAAUUUAAGACUGGUUUUCAUAAGCGCUGGUGUAAAACAAUGGCGUUUGCACCACCAGCUAAGACGAAGGUAUCCUCCAAUUUAGCUAAAAGUACAUGGACACCAAUGUCACACCCUCAAGCAAACAAUCAAGUGUUUGAAGAAAGAAGAGAACUUAUUAAGAAAUGGUUUGAAAAAUGGCAAGAAGCUCAGAAGAAAACUGUUGUGGACGAUAUUAUACAUAGACUGUCUACAAAACAUUUGAUGUUGUUAACAGAUUCUUUGAAAAAGAAAUUUCCUCAGGAACAAUUUGACUUUACUCGAAUAUUUCCGCGAGUUCUAACAUUGUAUUUGUUUUCAUUUCUUGACCCCAGAACUUUGUGUCGCUGUGCCCAGGUAUCAUGGUACUGGAAUUACUUGACAGAAUUAGAUUGUUUAUGGCGACCCAAGUGUUUAAGGUUUGGUUGGUAUCCAACCUAUCAAACAACUCCAUUUGAAGAAAAAGUUUGGAAACGUUUUUAUGUCAAAACUGUUCAUGAGCUGCAUUAUGUUAAACCAAAGGAAUCUGUUGUAACGACUACCGUUGAUGAUGAAAAAUUGAAGCAAGCAACAAAUACUUCAUCAGUUGUUAAUUAUUCACCUUCUCGUGCGUCAUCUUCCAUGGGAAGACGAAGAGGACCCUCCGUUCCUUCACAUAAACAACACUUGGUCGCCCCCAAGUGGGAACCUCCACCAUGGAAAGGUUCCGAUCCUCACCCUGUUGAUACAAUGAGAUAUAAUUAUCUGGACAAUUCAAGCAAAAACAAAAAUAAAAAGUCAUCUGGUUCAAUUGACAGUCGACCAACAUCAAGACAAAGCAAACGACCUAAAUCGGCAACAGGAUCAAUACAUCAGAUGUCACCUCUUUCCCCACCAACUUUAAGUCAUUUCUCUCCAAGAUCAAACAAUAAAAUAGAAAAUCUAAAUUCAUCUGAUUUGCGAAACAGUGCAAGUGUUCCAACCACCCCAGUGAAACAUGACACCAGUCUAACACAACCUCUACAAGAUAAACUCGAAUUGUCAAAUGAGUUUGAGCUGUCAUCAACGAAUGAAACAACUCGACCUAUAAACCCAUCUGCUGUUAAAAGUCAAUCAGAUGCUCCAUUUGCUGCUCCAGAUAUAACUCGUCUCUCGUUAGAUGCUGGAGUUCGACCAAAACCAGUGACUCGAAUUAUUCAACAAAAAUCAAAAGAUCAUCUUGAAGUAAAGGAGAAGGAAAAUAAAAGUCCGUCAAGUAAAUCUGUCAUAGUUGCUUCAAGUCCUAAUACUACAAACACAUCAGCAGAAUUGAAAGGAAAAGGUUGGUCAACCCAUGAAGAAGAUGAUGAUUUUUAAAUUUUUACAUGUUUUCUGUGUUUCCUAUUUCAUGAACCAAUUUGUUCACUGAAAAAAUGUCCCACAAUUUUGGGCAAAACUCCUUUUUAUUAAUGUAAAUGACAUAUAUACAUGCGCUUUCAGAAAAAAAAUAUUGAAUAUAUAUAUAUUGUGUACAGUAGUGACCUAAUGUAUCCUGAUUCAUAUGUUAUCUAAAUAGAUUGUAGAUUUAAUCCAAUUAUCAACAAAUUGCACAACAUGUGUUGUAAUAUCUCGCCACUCAAAAACUUUGUUUCAUCAUGCGUCCAAGCGUCCAAUAUCCUGAGUUGGUUAAAGGCACAAAGUUUAAAUAUCUUGCUUCAUUUAUCCAUUCAACCACUUAAUUCAUUUUCAUAUUGCUUUCGGAAACAAUCUCCUACUGGGAAAAACUCCCAACAGCGCUCUUGAUACUGCUGCCAUACAUAUGUCUCUUGUCCUGUAUGCUCAGUUUCAUCUUUGUUGAUCAAAUGCAUGAGAAAGAACCUAAAAAAA